AUGGCAUCUUACAGCAACCAGUACAUCUUCGGGGAAUUCAGCCCUGAUGAGAUCAAUCAGUUUUUUGUGACUCCACGAUGUUAUGUCGAGCUUCCUCCGUUCAAUGACAAAGUGCCGUGCGUCAGUCAGUCUUCUGGAUCUUACUGCACUCCUGCUGUACCUUAUAUUAUGGAGUCAAUGGGACUGCAGGUUUGCGCAGAAGACUAUCAGCGCAUUGAGUUUGGUGUUGACGAGGUGAUGGAUUCCAAGCCUGUCGGGUUGAACGAUCCUUUGUUCAAGGUGUCCAGCACCCUCAACCCCCAGGCUCCAGAGUUCAUCCUGGGCUGCCAGUCGGCCCAGAAGGCCCAACAGACGGCUCCUCCAGAAGACGAUGUCCCCGACGGGACCGACUUCAACUCGCUGGAUGGCCCUGACUCGGAGGCCUCAGCCCAGGACAAUAACCAGGCCUGCCAGGACAUGGACGGACUCCCUGGCAGCCUGGGACAGCGAGAGAGGAAGAAAAAGAAAAAGCGACCUCCUGGGUAUUACAGCUACCUGGACCCAUUAACUGGCAACAGCAGCAGCUGCUCAGCAGAUGGGACGCCACUGGUGAACGGACAUGCAAUCGGUGGCCCACACCACAGGGCUGAAGAUGUGGACGGUAAGGCGCUGUCGGGGGCUGAACUUUCCGCCACCGGACCCGUCUCCACUGCAACAUCAGCAGCUGCUGUUGCAGCAGCCCAGUUUGCCCCGACAUCCACUGCCAAUCAGAGGACUUGUGAAAGCCCUGAUGACUCUUUUGACUUGCCAAGUGGAGCUGCCUCUUUAUCAGAUGGCAACAAUGCAACUUCCUCCUCUUCAUCCUCCUCUCAAAGCAGAGGGAUGACAGAGGGGCCGAGGACUGUAGAUCAGCAGCCAGAUCUUUUGGCUCCACAGAGCCCCGAACUUUCAGAUACUCCACACAGCCCCUGCUCCAAAUCCCCUCUUCCUCCUUCAGCUGCUGUGGCCACGCCCUCUGUCGCCACUUCCAUUACGACUACUGAACUGGAGGACAGGGCGUUAGCAGACAGUGGGGUGGCCAAUGGGUUAGCAGAGCCCGACACUGCUGUCAGUGCAGAUGAACACAAAGAAGACUGUGAGAGUGGGGAGCUGGCUCAGCAGGUCUCCCCAGACUCUGCUGCCCAGUCGGUAGUGACAGAGCAGGCCCAUUCGCCUGUGAUUCCAGCUGCACCUGCUGCCAACCUCCCCAAAUCUUGGGCUAGCCUCUUCCACAACUCCAAGCCUCUGCCUGGGGGCCCUCAGGCCUUUGUGGAGGCAAAGAAUGUUGUAGAAGUUGUGUCUCCAUCACUCGCUACGCCAGAGCAGCCUGAGAAAUUUGGGGAAUUCAAAGACGGCCCUGUCCACGUUUCAGAGGAUCCUAUGGCCCCUAAACUUGCAGAACUUAUUGAGAAUGUGAAGUUGAUACAUAAACCAGUGUCUUUGCAGCCGAGAGGACUGAUCAACAAGGGAAACUGGUGCUAUAUCAACGCUACCCUACAGGCCCUGAUCGCCUGCCCUCCCAUGUAUCACAUGUUGAAGUCCAUUCCUCUGCAUAAUGAAACGCAGAGACCGUGUACCUCCACACCCAUGAUGGACAACUUUGUUCGGCUGGUGAAUGAGUUCAACAACAUGCCUGUGCCAUCAAAAGCCAAACAGCAAGCUGUUGGUGAUAAGGCCAUGAAAGACAUUAGACCUGGUGUUCCUUUUGAACCGACCUACAUUUACAGACUCCUCACUCUCAUCAAGUCGAGUCUUUCUGAGAAGGGUCGACAAGAGGAUGCGGAGGAGUAUCUUGGCUUCACUCUAAACGGACUGCACGAGGAAAUGCUGGCUUUGAAAAAACUAAUCUCGCCUCAGGAAGAGAAAGCUCCCACACCCAAUGGGCCAGAGUCUCAGCCAGGUGUGGAGGAAGAUGUUGCCGAUAAGGAGGAAGAAGGUAGUGAGGAUGAAUGGGAGCAAGUUGGCCCCAGAAAUAAGACUUCCAUCACUCGCCAAGCUGACUUUAUCCGCACACCCAUCACUGACAUAUUUGGUGGGCACAUCAGAUCGGUGGUGUAUCAACAAAACUCUAAAGAGUCGGCCACUCUGCAGCCUUUCUUUACCCUGCAGCUGGACAUCCAGUCGGAGAAGAUCCGCACGGUCCAGGAUGCUUUAGAGACCUUGGUGGCACGAGAGUCGGUCCAGGGCUACACCUCUAAAACCAAGCAGGAGAUCGAGAUCAGUCGGAGAGUGACUCUGGAAGAGCUGCCCCCUGUACUGGUGCUCCAUCUCAAGAGAUUCGUCUUUGAAAAGACGGGAGGCUGCCAGAAACUGACCAAGAACAUUGAUUACCCCGUUGACCUGGAAAUCAGCAAAGAUCUCUUGUCCUCUGGAGUGCGGAGCAAAGUUGUGAAAGGCCAAAGAACUUACAGGCUCUUUGCAGUUGUCUAUCACCAUGGGAACAGUGCGACAGGCGGCCAUUACACCACGGAUGUCUUCCACAUCGGUCUUAACGGCUGGCUGCGCAUUGACGACCAGACAGUGAAGGUCAUUAACCAGUACCAGGUGAUGAAGCAGACCGCAGAGCGCACCGCCUACCUGCUGUACUACCGCCGCGUCGACCUGCUGUAGAUGCGCACUCCCACACAGCCCGACACACACACACACACACACACGAGAAUACCCAAAUAUAUCCACAAACGCACACAAAACAUACAUGCUCUAAAUGCACUCGUUGACCGGACAGUACAUGGACACAUGACAAGAACACACACAAAACUAAUGAACAGGAACACUGCCCAACUUGUUCUCUUGCAAGAUUUUCCUCUUCUUCCCUCCUGUCCCCGCUUUCCUGAGAACCAGCUUUUCCAACACCUUUUUCCCCAUGUCUCUCUUUUUUUUUUUUUUUUUUGGAGGAAGAGAAACAAGCUGCAUUCACAAAGAUUUCCCUGUGACUGCGCUCUCUUCUCUGUGCACCACUGCUACUUUUUGUUUUGUCCUUUUGUGUUUUUACUUUUAAAGCAGCGAGGAAUGGACUGUUGAAUAGACAGAGGUGGGGUUGGGGUUACAGGUUAGGACCCGAGAUGCACCUCUGCCUGAGCCCACCGCUCGGCUCAGAUAGCAAACCGUGGACUCGCACACAGGAAGAACUAUCUACCACAGGCUGCAAGUGGACCGCGGGGUAAUUUCUCUUGUUUGAAUUCCCUUUUUUAAGGAAAUGACCUAAAAAAUAUCAGUGUUUUGCCUUUUAGUGAAGGACAGUUUGCCUAAUGAAUUUGCAGAAUUUUAAAAGCCUAUUUGAAUUUGCCCGAGUGCAUUGAAAAGGCCCAGCACCAGCAUUAUCACGAGUCUCUCCUCCCAAGGCCAGAUUGUCUUCUUUGCCACCAACACAAACUCCUCCUCAUCCAUCUCCUCACUUUUACGAUGCUUUUAAAUCUAGGUACAACUUGAGCCAUCAACCACAGAAAACCGAUCGGUGGUACAUUGAGAACUGAACAGCUUCCUUGUUUAAGAGACCCUCGUCAUGGUAUGUGGGUUUAGAUUUAGAAAGACUCUAAAGAAAUAUUAAUGCGCUUUAGAAUUUAAUAACAAAUAAGCUUCUGUGCACAGAGUAUAAACUGAUUGAUGAUUACAAUAUGACAGGCAAAUGAAUAUUUUGCAAAUAUUUAGAUUAAAAUGUAUUAAAAAAAAAAAAAAAAAAAAAAAAAUCUGACUGAGAACUUGUUUGUGUUCUAAAGGACUCCGCUAGUUUUUAGACUCGGUUAUUGCACCGGAGAGUUGGCAACCAAUCAAGACAGUCCAUUGCAAAACCUGCCCUUGUUUACUUUGUACAUUUCCUUCUCUAUCCAUUUUCUUUGUCUUUUGUUGUCUAAAGGUUCCACCUGUGUAUAGGUGGCUUAUCAGUGUAGUUUUGAGCCACACCACCCCUCUUACCCCCAAUCU